AUGUAAGGAUCGGGUCAUCUGGACCCCAUAGGAUAGCACAAUUAAUGCAUAGUACGGGGGACUUGUGAAGAUUUUUUUUUCUAUUUUUUUUUUUUUACUUCUGUUAAUAUUUUAUAUACUUUUAGCCUAUUUGAUUCUAAGUCAUUUUACAGCAUUUUGGGGUUGCAAACAUUCUGAAAGUUUUUUAUAAUGUUGGAAAAAGCACUUUCAGAAUAAGACAGGAAGUGGAACUAUAACAGAACAAGAUGGCAGGAUAAAUGAACACAAAACAGGAAAUGCACACAAACAAAAGAAGAAUAAUAAACUGAUUAUGAUAAUGAAUCCAACAGCAAAAUGUGAAUGAUGCAGUAAAUUCUGGAGGAGAUGUGAGGAUGUCUGCUGGACCUGAAAGUGGGUCAUUUGUGGCGACAGAGGGAACUCCAGAACAAUAAGGUCUUUGUUUUUAAAAUUAUUAUGUACAAAAAAAAACAUCUGAAAGCUCUGACCUUAAUCCGCUGAAAAUGUGAAAGACUACAAAUGAGCAGAACAUGCUCUCACAACCCCCCUCUAAAAAUUUACAUUUUUAAAACUUAUUCACAACAUUUGAUAUUAAAUCUAUAGUUUUCUUAUUGCUGAAUUUUUAUGGCAUUUUUCUACUCAUUGUUCUGAAAAAAAAUCAGACAAUAGAAAAAACAACACCUAAAAUGCAAAACUUUUGAAAUAUGCUUUUAUUGUGUAAGGCACAAUUAUAGCAUUGUAGCUCUGCAUGGUAAAAAAAACAGUUCAUACACAAGCUUUGACAAAAACUUUUUCAUAAUACAUGGUUUUAUAUUGUAAUACAGUCAGAUUACUACUGCAGAUGUUUAAAGACACAUUCAAAUGAAAAUGAUGUUUUUAACAUGUUCCUUUAGCAUCUUUCUCAUGAUGGAGGACAUACAUAAGGAAAAUGAAGCCUAAAAGUGUAAAUCUUUAUUCAAAUCACUACAAUCGUCGGUCCACACACUCCAUGCUCUGCUCCAUUCUGAUGCUUCUACUUGUAGAUUACUAGAUCCGUGUACGUCUUUGUUUUCCUCGUCUGAGCUGGUAUCUGGAUCAAAACGGCUGCAUAGCUCCAACAUUUCUCAACAUUUUUGUUGCACCAGUGAUGUUAGGUUUGGGUUGUGAGGAGCUGUAAACUAGUGUAAGCAACAAACACAAAUGAUGGCAAUAAGCCUGGUGGACACACAAGAGGCGUGUCCCAGUUUUUUGGUUCAUUUCAAUGUUAGCACCAACAAAAAGUCCCCUUUAUUGGCCACAAUAACAAAAAACUUGAGAACAGCACACAAAGUGAUCAGAAAUGUGUAAAAAUGCAUCAACUUUGACCAGAUUAAACCCCAGCAGCAAUCCUGUGGAGUGAUUCUGGACUUGAAGGUUUUUUAAGCCUGAGGGAACAAGCAGGCAGGAGUUUCAGUGUGACUCUGAAGAAGAGAAGAAAGGUGUCGUUUAAAAAAAGCUGCCGUCAGGCUGCCUUAAAACAGACAUGGAUCCAGACUAAACAGAGAGAUGUCCCGACAGACAUGGACCCAUUCCUCUUCCUCCAUCUGUGUUAACAACCUGUCCAGUGAGAUGCAGAGCAGCGCUGAGGAUGAAAACUCUGAAAUCCCUGCAGCUGCAUACAAAAGCCAUAAAGGACUCCACUCAGUGGAUCCUAGAAGGAGCCUGAUACCACAGAGAUGCCUCAUCCGUGUUGUCACCCCUAAGCUCAAGUCAAACUGGUUUCACUUGGUUGAAGACCUGUCCUAUGAAGACGUGAAGAAAUGCUACAGGGGCUCGUGUGUCUCUUGCAGCGGUUUGCUCCAGGCCUUGGAUGUGCGCGAGUGUGUUUGUGAGUACGGUGCCAACGUGCUGAGCCUGGUGCAGAGCUCGCGGCCACUGAGGGACAGGGUGUUUCCUGCGCCGAGCGGAGCCGGGGGCGCCGGCGGGACUGGUGCUGUGCAGGCAGGCCGGUCCACCAAGGAGCUGCUCAUGUCUCUGCCCUGUCCCUCUGCACAGACUGUCAGCAAGUACAACUCGCAGUACCACAAACUCUUCCAAUGCGUGCCCAAGGAUGAAAUUCUCAUGAAAGUUUACUCCUGUGCUCUUCUCAGAGACAUCCUUCUGCAGGGCCGCCUCUACAUCUCCAGACACUGGCUGUGUUUCUACGCCAACCUCUUCGGCAAGGACAUCAAGGUGGCGAUUCCUGUUGUGUCUGUUAGGCUGGUGAAGAAACACAAAACAGCCGGUCUGGUGCCCAAUGGCCUGGCAAUCACCACAGACACCGGCCAGAAGUAUGUGUUUGUGUCGCUGCUGUCACGAGACAGCGUGUACGACGUCCUCCGCAGGAUCUGCACCCACCUGCAGGUUGACGGGAAGAGUCUGAGCUUAAAGCAGUUCAUGGAAGAGCCGACCUUAUCCCUGGACGAGUUCCCGGUUCCAGAUGAGUUCCCGGUGGUGGACGAGUUCCCGUCAGUCUUGAAGUGGAGACGGAAACCCUCGGUGGUUUCUGUGUCCUCCUCCCUGCCCGACCUCCUGGGAAACUCCGGCAGUGGCUUGGGAGCGGCGGACACGGUCUUCAAGUCAGAGCAGCCGCUGGAAGAGCGAGGUCUGCAGACAGACAGAAGUCUUUUAUCAGAGCCGGUGGCAGAGCUGGGCCAGAUGGAGUACCAGCUGCUGAAGUUCUUUACCCUGCUCAUUAUCCUCCUCAUCCUCUCAUCCUGCUACUUGGCCUUCCGCGUGUGCAGCCUGGAGCAGCAGCUCUCCUUCCUCAGUAAUCCAAAUCGGCCCCUUCGAGAAAGAUAACCGCUGCUCCCCAUACCUCCGCCAGCCGCCUCCACUCCCCCCUGCUCAGAUCACACCAGCUCCCAGGCAAACCAGGAGGAGGAGGAGGAGGAGGAGGAGGAGGAGGACAAUCGAUGAGUCCAGCUAACCGCCUCAUCCUGGACCGUCUUCUCAUCUAGUGGUCACUUCCAGACUAUGCAAACAGACUGUAGAUAGGUGUAAUAGACAGUAGGUUUUGCUUUAGAUCAUGACUGUAAGGCUGAGUAACGUGAGGAUGCUUUGGUGCGAGGAGAGUCCUGAACGGAGAGCAGAGACGUCUGCUGGUUGACGCGUUGCUGGACAGAGAAGGGAUUUGAGUUACUUGAAAAAGACUGACAGUAAAGAUAACGUAUGUGUUAUUUCAUGUCCAUCCUUCAAAUCCAACUGUUUUUUUGUGUUACUUUAAAGAUUAGUUGCAACGAUGCACUUUUUAAAAAACUGGUCUUCAUUCUUUUAAAUGUAUAUAAUGGAGCUGUCGUUGCCUUACUGAAGGUACUCUGAAGUCCUUUUGAAUGUAUUUCAGGAUGACUGUAAUGCUACGUUCGCACCGGGCAUGUAAUGCUUGUUCAAGACUGGGCUUUUAGCAUUCAGUGUUCACACUGGUCUGUCGCUAACACAUACUACCGCGUGUACCUGUAGCUACAAGAGGCUGGGGGUGAGAUGUCAAAGCGGUGAAAAAUCUGCUGAAUCUCACUUCAGGCUUUUUGCUUUCACAGCUCUAUUCUGAUAAAUGAAAGACUUGGUGUCAUAGGAUUCCGUUUGGGCAGAAACUGCAAUUAUUCUCCUUCAUGAUCAAUUUUCAAACGGUUGGCACUUCCGUGAAUUUAAGAUGGACGCCAUCCAAACGUCACUAAUAAAUCCGAGUUCCUGAUUGGUCCACGUUAAACUGGUUUAACUUUCAACACACGUUCAAAUGCCGUGUGUUUUGUACAUAGAGGCCAAAAAUCGACUUUAAACCGUGUAUAUUGAUGCGUAAGCAUGAGAGUUUAAGCACGUGGACUCGUCAUUGGAAGCAGUCGCUCGAAGGCGCUUUUCUGAGCCCGGCGUGGACGUAGCAUCAGGCUAGACGCAGCCCCGUUUCACUGGUUUCCAGUCGUGAACUGACGGAUUAACGUGUGAUUUUUAUCAUCUCACCGCAGAGAGAGGACCGGAUCAAAAAGAUCUUUUUUAGUUCUUAAUCAUUGCUGUUUCUAAGAUGUAAAAAGAAGGCUGAAGUCAAAGUGUUCUAUCUUUUGCAGACCUGGAUAAUGUGAAGUCUUUGCUAACUAUAGUUGUAAGAAGUUCAAAUGACAUUAAAACAAAAAUAAAAAAGAGUUUGUAGA